AUGGAAGAGGAUUUGAUUAAGCGUCUUGAAGCUGCGGUUACGAGGCUUGAAGGGAUCUCAAGCAACGGAGGAGGAGUUAUUCUUUCUCGCGGAGGAGAUUUCUCCGCCGGUGGUGUCGGAACCGAUGUUGCGGCGGCGGCGUCUGAUCCAUCGAUUCUGGCUUAUGACGAUCUGAUUUCUCAAUGCGUUGGUAGGGCUUUGGGUGCGGCUGAGAAGAUCGGUGGACCUGUUCUAGAUGUUACGAAGAUUGUCGCCGAAGCAUUUGCUACGCAAAAGGACCUGCUUGUCAAAAUCAAGCAAUCUCAGAAGCCUGACAUGGCUGGAUUGGCUGGAUUUCUGAAGCCGUUGAGUGAAGUUACUAUGAAAGCUGAUGCAAUGACAGGAGGAAAGAGGUCGGAUUUCUUCAAUCACUUAAAGGCUGCAUCUGAUAGUUUAUCUGCAUUGGCAUGGAUUGCUUUCACUGGAAAAGAUUGUGGUAUGAGCAUGCCAAUCGCUCAUGUGGAAGAAAGUUGGCAGAUGGCUGAGUUUUACAACAAUAAGGUUCUGGUGGAGUACCGUAACAAAGACGCCGAUCAUGUGGAAUGGGCUAAAGCCUUAAAAGAACUUUAUUUGCCUGGUUUAAGGGAUUAUGUUAAAAGUCAUUACCCCUUGGGACCUGUAUGGAAUGCAUCAGGGAAACCUGCUAGUGCUCCUGCAAAGGGUCCACCUGGUGCUCCUGCUCCUCCACCAGCACCAUCUGCAUCCCUUUUUAGUUCUGAAUCUUCAAAGCCAUCAUCGUCGUCGAACCAGAAAGGGAUGUCUGCUGUUUUCCAGCAGCUCAGCUCAGGUUCUGUGACCUCAGGUCUUAGAAAAGUGACGGAUGAUAUGAAGACAAAGAACCGUGCUGAUAGAUCUGGAGCAGUUAGUGCAGUUGAGAAGGAAACUCGUUCCAGUAAACCGGCCUUUUCGAAAACCGGACCACCAAAACUGGAACUUCAAAUGGGUCGCAAGUGGGCUGUUGAGAACCAAAUUGGGAAGAAGGACUUGGUUAUCAGCGACUGUGAUGCCAAACAGUCUGUGUAUGUAUUUGGUUGCAAAGAUUCUGUCCUGCAGAUACAAGGAAAAGUGAAUAACAUCACCAUUGACAAAUGCACCAAAAUGGGUGUCGUCUUCACGGAUGUUGUUGCUGCAUUUGAGAUUGUGAACUGCACCAACGUAGAAGUGCAAUGCCAGGGUUCGGCUCCCACAGUUUCUGUGGACAACACGACUGGCUGUCAGUUAUAUCUAAGCAAAGACUCGUUAGAGACCGCUAUAACAACAGCCAAAUCGAGUGAGAUCAAUGUAAUGGUGCCCGGUACUGAUGGAGACUGGGUGGAACAUGCAUUGCCUCAACAGUACAAUCAUUUGUUCACUGAAGGGAAGUUCGAGACAACACCGGUCUCGCACUCAGGUGCCUAA